GAUGUCAGGAGAAAGCGUGGUGAGCUCAGGGGUGCCCGCGGCUGCGACCCGCACCACUUCCUUCAAGGGGACGAGCCCCAGCUCCAAGUACGUGAAGCUGAAUGUGGGCGGAGCCCUCUACUACACCACCAUGCAGACGCUGACCAAGCAGGACACCAUGCUGAAAGCCAUGUUCAGUGGGCGAAUGGAGGUGCUUACCGACAGUGAAGGCUGGAUCCUCAUUGACCGGUGUGGGAAGCACUUCGGUACAAUACUCAACUACCUUCGUGAUGGGGCGGUCCCCCUGCCUGAGAGCCGCCGGGAGAUUGAGGAGCUGCUGGCAGAAGCCAAGUAUUACCUGGUCCAGGGCCUGGUGGAAGAGUGCCAGGCCGCUCUACAAAAUAAGGACACGUAUGAGCCUUUCUGCAAAGUUCCCGUCAUCACCUCAUCGAAGGAGGAGCAGAAACUGAUCGCCACAUCCAAUAAGCCCGCUGUGAAGUUGCUGUACAACAGAAGUAACAACAAGUACUCGUACACCAGUAAUUCUGACGACAACAUGUUGAAAAACAUCGAACUGUUCGAUAAGCUGUCUCUGCGCUUCAAUGGGAGGGUCCUCUUCAUCAAGGACGUCAUUGGGGACGAGAUCUGUUGCUGGUCCUUCUACGGCCAGGGCCGAAAGAUUGCUGAAGUCUGCUGCACCUCCAUCGUCUACGCCACCGAGAAAAAACAGACCAAGGUGGAGUUCCCUGAAGCCCGGAUUUACGAGGAGACCCUGAACAUUCUGCUGUAUGAGGCCCAAGAUGGCCGGGGACCUGACAACGCGCUCCUGGAGGCCACAGGCGGCGCUGCCGGCCGCUCCCACCACCUGGACGAGGACGAGGAGCGCGAGCGGGAGCGGAUCGAGCGGGUGCGGCGCAUCCACAUCAAGCGCCCAGAUGACCGUGCUCACCUCCACCAGUGAGCGGCCAGCGGGCCGGCCCCCGCCCCUCCCCUCCCCUCCCCACGUCUGUCGCGUCUUUUGUAACGGGCCAGCUUAUUGUUUUGAUGUUUCUGACAAGUGCGCGAUCUGCCUUGCCCGGUGAGUGUGCAGUGGUUGAACACGUGGUGUGUCUAAGGUUCUGCUUUUUGUGUCCCCGAGAAGAGGGGCGAGUGGGUGGGGCGUGUCUGAGAACUGUGGUUUGCAGUAUUUAUUUUUGUGGCUGUUGACUACCUGUUUGACCUCUUGGGGGUCAGGUCUGCGCCUGCACACUGUCCCCGCUUGACUACAAAUCCUCUCUGUGAGGGGCGAGUCACUGCAGUGUGGAGGUGGUGAGUAGCCCAGGGUGGCUUUCGGGGCGAGCCUGUGGCCCAGUUUUGUUAAUGGCAUCUGUCCCUGUGCUUGGUAAGGACGCUGCCCUCCCGGGCACGGUGGCCACCCACAGCUGCCCAGGGAGCUUUCCUGGCCCCACUGUGAGCUCAGCUGUCACUCCCCUCUCGCUUGUACGCAGUCAAGAGGGGCAGUCGGUUAGCAGGUUGCCAAAAAUGUGCGUAUACCGUGGGGUCGGCCGGAGGGCCCCCCUGGUCUGGGACAGGUGCUCUUACCCAGCUCUGGCAGGGCCCAGAGUGCCCUGUGAGGCGCACACGCCGGUGGACUCUAGAGUGGGUCCAGUAGUUAGAAGGAGGUGCGAAUGUGUGUAAGGUCGUGGAUGUGUUUAGUCGGCUUCGAGGGAAACGUUACUGUUUUAAGCCAAAGGUAUUACCAGGGAGCGUGUCUUCCAGACACGAGGUUUUCUAUUUCGGAUUGGUUUUUACAGCUUAGACUUUUGUACGCGUUGCCCUCCCUGUGGCAGUGGUCUGCCUUUCCUCCGUACCCAGCAGUCUGCAGUAAACACUUGAAUGUGGUCUGUAAACUGUUGUGUGCGGAGGUUUUCUCUAAAGCCCAAGCAGAGGGCUUACAACAUGUUUUGUAAAGACUUUUUAUACGGUUUCGUUUUAAAACACCAACCCUGCUGUUUGGGUUGGACUUUUGUAGGAAGUUUUUUAAGUGAAUUGUCGUCGGUUCCGAUGUUUUCCUGUAGGAAUGGAAAAGCCAUCCCAUGAAGUGCUUUUUAAAUGUUGGUGAGAAGAGUAGGUUUUGUCACCUAUUUGUUGUGGUUUCUGUGCCUUUGGACCGAAGGCUCCUGGCCCGUCCUUUCCCGUCUUCACCUUCCUGGGACAUUCCGCAGUGACAGCGUGGCGAGCAGGACAGAAGUAUUUAAGAGCCAUCCCAGAGAAAGCAAAAAGGUGUUGUUUUUUAAUGAGCUUCAAAACAAAAUGGAGACCGCAUUUAAGGUCAGGUGUGAGUGAGUUCCAUUCUCUAGAGCCGAGUCACUGGCCCCUCCGUCACCUGCCCGUCUCCGCUCGAACACGCUCCGUCUCAGAAGCAGCCACUGUCGGGUGUUAGCAUCUGUGCGACUGUGUCAAAUAAAAGUGUUGUACAUGCUUCUGUCUAA